AUGGUUCUAGCCCGUAUGAAUGCACAUACAGCACCCAUUUCAUUGACAAUCACGUUUGCUAAUGGAGUUUCCACUGUAUUAAUGUUAUACCCUUGUAGUGGAACCGAUGGUUUAUCAUUUUUCGAUUUGGAAACUGGUGCAAGCAGUACUACAACAGCAGCCACAGCUCAAGCAGCAACGUACUGCAUGCUUCCAUGGCAAAGCAGAGGUCCAAACAAUUUUGAUCCUGUUGCACCUAUGGAUCCUGCUGCAACAGGCGCAGCAACUGAAAUCUUUAUGCCUGCUAAUUCGAAAACAUUGUUCCUGGGAUCGACUAAUGGUGGAGUUUGGAGAACAGAUAAUUUUGAUUCUACAACACCACAUUACAUUCCAUUAACAGACAAGAAUUUAUGCCAAUCAGUUAGUACAGUAACUGGUUCAUUACAAGAUCCAAAUUUUAUUGCUUACGGAUGCAAUGGCGUGAGUAAUUUUGGGUCUGUAGCUGGCCCAUAUGAAGGUGUGUAUGUGUCAAUAGAUGGUGGAACAACUUGGACUCACACUAACUUACCAUAUGGGCGAGAUAAUGUUGGUCUUCUUGUUAAUAAAAUUAUAAUAACUGGAACAUCAAAUGGUCAACAUACUAUUACUGUAUCAACAUUAGGUGAAAAAGUGAGAAGAGAUAAUAGUCGUAUUCCAAAUACUGGUGCUAUAUAUAGAAGUACGGAUCUGGGAGAAAAUUGGGUCCCGUAUAGUACUAACAAGGGAAAAGAUGAAUAUCCAUUCGAUAUGAUUCAAGAUCCAAGUACAAUACCACCAACAUUCUAUUAUGUCGAUAAUUCGAAAAAAAUUUACCGAAACACAAAAUUAGAUAUUAAUUCUUGGACAGCAGUAACUGACACAACAUUCAUAAACAAAGAAUGUGCUGAUGAAGACAAAGGAGAUGGCUUCUUUGCUGACACCGUUAAUAAUGCUAAAUUAACUAUCUAUACUGAAGGACAAAACAAUAUUCUUUAUGUUGGUUACUAUGGCGGCUCUACAGAACCUGCAUCAACAUGUUAUGCCUUUUACUUUAGCACUGAUCAAGGAGCAACUUGGACUACGAUGCUAGCUCCGAAUGGAGACAUACUGUAUCAAAAGAUAGGAGUCGGUACACAAAACAAACGAGGCUAUGGGGAGUUGGGUAAUCAAGGUGAAACAAAUUUUGCCGUAUUUGCUGAUCCAACCGAUCCAAGAUUCCUAUAUGUGGGAGGGACUGGAGUCGAAAUAUUCAGAGGCGACCGAACUUUCUCUGGCAAUAAUCCUAAUGAAAAUGAAGGUUUUCUAUGGUCAUUUAUUCGCGAUAUGAAAACUGAAGAUAGUGUUAUCCCAAUGUUUACAGUGACUGGAACAUCGCCACAUGUUGACGUGCGAUUUUUUGGUUGGGAUCGUUCAACAAAUCAACUCAUGUGUACAAAUGAUGGUGGCAUAUGGAUACAUACGAAUCCAAAGGGAAGGGGAGACUGGGUUCAUAAAAAUGGUGAUCUUUCUACAAAUGAAUUUUUAUUAGCAGCAUAUGACAGUACAACGGAUACAAUCGCAGGCGCAGCUCAAGAUAAUUGUAUAUGGGUCAGUAGGUCGUCAGCCGCGGAUAUUGCUGCUGGCAAAUCCAUACCAGGCAUGUUCUAUACUUACAAUACUGGCGAUGGUAUAAAUGUAGCAUUUGAUAGUAAUCAGUUGCCACCUGUUUUAUAUGCCACUGACCAAAGUUUCGGGAAUUUUAUGAAAGUACCAUGGAUCGAAGGAGGCAAGCCACCGUCUACACUCUUUGGAAAUAUACUUCCUAAUGGUGCUUACGACUUUUUCUCGGUAUUUGCACUAAAUGUCGUUAAUCCACGCUACUUACUAGCUUGUACGAAUAUACUAAAGCUCAAUUUUUGUAACCGAUAUGACAUGACUACUGGAGACAAUGGCGAGCUACCAGACUCAGAAAAAGUUCAGACUACCGGAACUCUUAGCUAUUAUAAAUAUGGUGGUUAUCGCAAUGGAAUAGGAGAUGAAACUAUGAUAUUUGGAAUUAAUUCCGAAGGUAACUAUGUCUUCGCAUUAGAUAAAGGUGGUAAAAACGAAUACAACUCUCUCGCUAUUGUUAAGGGAAAAACUGAGAUAGUUAUUGCAAUGAAUCCAAGAAAUUAUUAUCAAUCCUAUGUUGUUGAUGGAUGGUCACAAGUAUGGCAAACAUUGGAUUUUGGUGCAACAUGGACAAACGUAAUCGGCACAUUAUAUGCUGACACUGGCUCGCAUGAAAUGCCCUAUGCAUGGGGCAGUGUCGUUGUUCCAAUGGACAACAAUAAUGCUCUUGUGAUUGGAACAGCUUAUGGUAUUUAUGCAGCAUUUGAUGAUAAAAUGGGUCCUAAUACACGAUGGCAUAAAUUAGGUUUAUCCAUGCCAAAUGUUUUGGUUUCAUCGUUUGUUUAUGAUCCGAUAAGAGAUUUACUUGUUACAUCUACGAUGGGCCGUGGAUGGUGGCAAUUGCCAAAAGUAAAACCACAGCUGACCUUUUUAGAUGGUGGUAUGUACAAAUUCAUUUUCAAUAAACAAAUAUAUGAUAGAAUAUCGUAUAAAAAAAAUAAUCUUGUUUCAGUUCUCAAAUCAGUUUUUUCUUUAUAG